AUAACAAUAACAGCCUAGCUAGGGCAAACUUUAUGUUGAAAAAACUUCAAUCACACAUUUUGUUUUAAAUUUAAAAUAUUUUGCCAUUUCAUUGCAUUGAAGAGUCAUAUAUAACAUGUCUUUCAUUGCUUCCUUUGAUUUUAGGCCUACGUUAAAAGUGCCUUUAAGUUUCUGUUUCUUCUUAAAUUAAACUAAUUCCUUGCUUGUUUACAUUAAAAUCCUAAAUGGGAACUCUUUGUAGUCUUCUCACUCUUUCACACUUAUUCAUUAUCUUCCUUGUCACUCAGAAUCAGAAAUUGAAGCUUAUCAAUGGAGUUGGAAUCAUGUGUUCCUCCGGGCUUUAGAUUUCACCCGACGGAGGAAGAACUUGUAGGGUACUACCUCAAGAGAAAGAUUAACUCCUUGAAAUUUGAUUUAGAUGUUAUUGUGGACAUUGAUCUCUACAAAAUGGAGCCAUGGGAUAUUCAAGCAAGAUGCAAUUUAGGGUAUUAUGAACAAAAUGAAUGGUACUUCUUCAGCCACAAGGACAGGAAAUAUCCGACCGGAACACGGACUAACAGAGCGACGGCUGCCGGAUUUUGGAAGGCGACGGGAAGGGAUAAGGCUGUGCUCUCAAAGAACAAAAUUAUAGGGAUGAGAAAGACACUUGUGUUUUACAAAGGCCGAGCACCUAAUGGAAUGAAAAGUGAUUGGAUUAUGCAUGAGUAUCGACUCCAAACAUCUGAACAUGGACCUCCUCAGGAAGAAGGAUGGGCGGUUUGCCGAGCAUUCAAGAAACCAACCCCUAAUCAAAGGCCAGGUUAUGAAGCUUGGCAUCAUCAAUAUGCUUAUCAUAACAGCAAUCAUGUACAGAAUCUUCAUCACCAAAAUCAAAUCUCAUCAACAAAUUUUCAUCAUCCUUUGAUUAGCUCAUCAGACCACCUCAUGGAUCUUCCUCAACUAGACAGCCCUACCACUCUUUCCACAACAAACUACAACAACAACAAUGGCGCUGGUAAUGAAGAUUUUGAUGAUGAAAGGUGUAAUAACACUGCCCAAUUCAUCGACUGGAAAAAUUUGGAUAGUUUGCUUGCUUCACAAGUAAACGAUAUAAGUUCAUCAUUUUCCAUUCCAAAUUUGCAGUCUUUACCUCAAGAUUAUGAGGUUGAACCUCAAAAUCAUGUUAGUCAAUUUUUCGGUUGCUUUCCUGAUUCAUAAUAACCAUAUCAAGAAAACCCUUAUAGUGGCCAGUUGCUGAUUCUCAUUUUAAUUUUAACACAAGUUUAUGUUUCAAGAAAAUUGCACGUAUAUAUGAUCAUGAUCAUAUGUAUUUAGGGUUGUUAAAAAAAAACUACUAUAAGAAGGAGAUUUUUUACAUGCAAAUUGAAUCUCUCUAAUUCUAUGAACUUUAAUAUUACUAGAGUUAAGGAGGUGAAGCUUUUAAUUCACCUUUCUACUUGUAUUCAUAGUUAAUUAUUAAUUACUUUUCUUUUAUGUAA